AUGGCGCAACCAAUUUUCAACCCAUCCGUCCCGGGAUCCUAUGCUCUUCAAUACGGAGUUCGCUCUGGACUUCAAAUCGCUGUCAACGGAUUGGUGAAGCAUAAGAACAAGGACUUCGUCAUCAACUUGCUCUCUGGAGGAAACAUUGCUCUUCACAUGAGCUUCAGAUGGGAGAAGACCAAGUCGAUCGUAUUGAACGCCAAGAUUGACAACGCUUGGGGAAGCGAGAUCAGCCACUCCAACCCACUCCACCACGACCAGGCCUUUGACCUUCAAAUCCGCGUCUACCCAGGAUACUUCCACGUGACCACUAACGGAGUUCUCCUCGGUGACUUCCCACAUCGUCUUCCAUUCGAGAGCAUCCAAGCUAUUGCGUUGGAGGGAAAUGUCCAUAUCAACAACAUUCAAUUUUCGCAAUUCCACUAA